AUGCCAUGUUCACACAUUGUAGGAGAAUGGGAGGUCAAGGAAAUGCUUACGAGUAAACGUGUAGACCGUGGUCACCGAAGAGGAGCUGAACUUGGAAUUGUCGUAGUUGUAGAAGACAACGUUGUGGUACUUGUUGAUGCGGUGCUCGUGGAUGCAGUUAUGGUGGUUGUUGACAAUGGCGUUGUUGUUGGGACCGUGGUCACCGAAGAAGGAACUGAACUUGGCGUUGUGGUAGUUGUAGAAGGCAACGUUGUGGUACUUGUUGAUGCGGUGCUCGUGGAAGUCGCUGCAGUAGUCGUGGGCAACGAUGUUGUUGAGACCGUGGUCACCGAAGAUGGCACUGAACUUGGCAUUGUCGUAGUUGUAGAAGGCAACGUUGUGGUACUUGUUGAUGCGGUGCUCGUGGAUGCAGUUAUGGUGGUUGUUGACAAUGGCGUUGUUGUUGGGACCGUGGUCACCGAAGAAGGAGCUGAACUUGGCGUUGUGGCAGUUGUAGAAGGCAGUAUGGUGGUGCUUGUUGGUGCGGUGUCGAAGGCGUGGUUGUAG